UUUGCAGAGAUGGACAGAAACAUGAUUGUAUUAGUUGUGCCUUUUCUUCUCCUUCUUGCUUCUGCAGCACCUAUCGAUUUAAGUUGCAAUGUGCCAGUUGACCUGGUUUUUGUUCUUGAUGGAUCAGACAGUUUGAAAGAGUCAGAGUUCAGCGCUUCAAAACAGUUUGUACUUGAAGUCAUACAAAGUCUUACCCUAGGAAAACAGAACGUGCAGGUUGGAGUGUUGGUGUACUCCACAUUUGUUGGUGGGACUAUUGAUCUUGGAGCAUUCAAUACGUUUAACAUUCUGAAGAUCUUUAUCAACAACUUACAGCAGCCUCGGCAAGGAACGGCGACAGAUCUCGCUAUCAUUUCUAUGCAAAACAUGUUUAAUAAAGCCCGUGUAAUCCAACCUGACCGUCAGAAUGUACAGAAAAUAGGAAUAAUAUUAACUGACGGAAGGUCUACGUCACCAAACGCCACCAUCAACGCAGCCAAGGCUGCUAAGAACGCUGGGAUACAAUUGUACGCCAUUGGAUACGGAACCGACGUCUUUAUAUAUGAACUUAAACAAAUAGCGUCAGACUCGCAGAAGACAUUGAUCUUAACGAAUAGUAUGACGGACCAAGCCUUCUUACAGGAAUUUGAAGAUAAACUUAGACCACUUGUUUGUGAAGCAGUUACAAUAACAACAGAACAAAUGACCACACCAGUCUUACCGACGUUACCAUCCACAGAAAAACUAGUCCCUGACAAGUACUGUCCUAACUGUAUGAAGGAUGUUAAUUACGGUUAUAAACCGUACCCGGGUGAUUGCACAAAAUAUUAUGAUGUCAGACCUGAUGAAAAUGGUGGCGCUAUCCAGGACGUUAAGAAAUGUCCUUUCGGAACUUUUUGGGACUCGACAUACUUAACAUGUCAAUAUACUUGGAUGGUGAACUGUGUAUACGAUCCAUGUAGAAGUUUUUCAUCCGGAACAUUAGCCAUGCCUGGUUUAUGCAGUGGUUAUUGGACAUGCUCCAAUUUCCGGGGAAACGCUACCUGUUGUUCGAGACCAAACCAAAGAUACGUUCAGGGUGUGGGUUGUUUGGAGGAUUUUUCUUGUACUACACCAUGUCCAGAUGAUGAUUCAAAUAAGAUUCAAGUACAAACACAAUGUUACCGAUAUCCAUAUCAACCAGACCAGUCCAAAUAUUAUGAAGAAAACCAUGGUAUCAACAUCACACGAAGUUGUGCACCGGGCACGUGGUUUGAUCAGAAAACGUGUUCUUGUUCUAUAGCUUCCGGUUUGAAUUCUGGCAAUAUACAGGCAGCUGUACACUUUCCUGUGUUUGAUGAUCUAAGACGGGAGACAACUGUUGGUGAAGGUACAGGGGCAUAUAUUAAACAAAAAGAGACAAAUGAAAUGUUUUUAACUUUUGGAAACCAGCGAGACAAGUCGAUAGAGAUAUGGAAUUCAUUAAAUAACGAAUUACUUGAACAAAGAGCAGUAUUGCUGAACGGAAAAGAGUUUUUCAAUGUAUGGCAGGCAAGCCGACGGCCAUUAUUGAAAAGUGCUUUCGUAAAUGAACUACAUGGCGAUUCUUUUAAUUUAUGGGCGCCAAAAAUGUUUUCCCGGAAAAGAAAUGGUCGACGGCUACGAAUAAUCCCGAGAAAUCCAAAUAAUGAAAGAAUGUGGCAGAGAUCACGUGCUCUGCUACAGUUUGUAGGGUGUGGCCCGGAUGUAUCUUAUGAAUUCAAUAGCAAUAGUGGUAUAACAGACAGUUCUAGUAAUGGCAUUCUGGCAGGGUUCCUAAACGUCGUUCUAAACGGACAAACAGCGUCCUUUAGUGGAAAUAGUAUGUUAAACAUUUGGCGGUUCUCUAAUGUUGAACUCAAAAGUCGCCUGGUCAUUGAAUUCCAGUUUAAAACUUCCGGAUCCGGUAUUCAAAGCGAGGCACUAGUUUCUAACUGUAUUGGAAGCGACCUUGAGGAAGCAUCAUUGCUGAUCGUGGCUAACCGUGGGAGUAACACUGUUCUUUUUCGUACUGUAACAAACAAAGGAACAGCAGAAAUAUCAGCUCCAUUCAUACCUGGAUCAAUGAAUACUGUAACAUAUAUUUACAAUGGUCAAAGGAUGAUAUGUGCUGUAAAUUCGGCGGUCGUUCAGACCUCUCUUACAGGUGAUAUUCAGAUGAGGCAAACCGGUAUUAUCAUCGGCGCUGCCAGUAAAUGGGCGUCAUUACAAGGAGACAUGGAUAAUUUUCAUCUGUACCGUUGUAUACCUGCCAGUGUUGUACCAUUUCUUAGCAUGUAGCUUGAGUUCUAGGACACAAAGAACCCUUUGACUUCAGCUUUAAUGAUAAUAAACCCGUUUGUAGUUAUUUCCGUACACUGUAAAGUCUAAACUGUUUAAAUGUGACAUUGUUUAUGAUGUUUUUUAAAUCAAAUGUUGCAUAAAAGUUAUUUUGUACUUUAAUUUAAACAGUGUAUGUUAAUGAAAUUCGGAGUUACUGUUAUAGUAGUAUCUUUACAUUUGUUUAGUUUGUACCGUUUGUGUCUUUUGCACGAUUCUUUAAAUUGGAUAUCUAAUGCAAGUGUCAACGAAAUCAAUAAGUUUGUUGAUCAAUGGCAUUUUUGUCUCAAAGAAAUCCUGACUGAGUAAUGUCAUUGAUUCAGGAAACUUGCCUUAAUGGGUGUCUUUCGACUUGUGAAAUCCUGUGUCAUCAAAUUGCUAAUGAAAUCCAUGUAUAAUAGAAAUGUAUCAAAGAAAAUGAUAAGUUAAAUAAUAAAACCAUUUUCCAAU